AUGUAUUGGAUCGACAAACCCAUCGUUUGGCACAUGUCCCGUGUGCCUGCUGGCUACGACUUCGAUGCUAUGACGGAGUACGAGCGCGGAAUACUCUUCACCAAAUGGCGUAGUUGGUGGUCAGCGGAUUUGGACUAUGCCCAAACCACCGUUAUCUUCUUCUGUACCGCCAUACUUGCAUCGGCCCUCCUAAAUGUUCUGGGCUGGGUUCGUGCUCACGACUUGAGCGUCGGCGGUCCCCGCGUCACUCUUUGGAACAAAACGACGGCAUUAUUGCGCUACACCACUUCCCGCCAAUUUUAUUUCAGACCCACCAAUUGGUAUACUCCGCCGCUUGCUGCGGUCAUUGGCGUUUCUGCGUUGGCUAUCUUUACCCUCGCCUUGACCCUCGCUGUUCGACCGUACUACUGGCCCAAUCAUGCAAUGGGAAUGAGUCCACCAAUAGCCACUCGCUCUGGGUGGAUUUCCUUAGCUAUAAUGCCAUUUAUGAUCGCCUUCUCGACCAAGAUAAACUUUGUUACCAUAUUGACGGGCACAUCUCAUGAAAAACUGCAAGUUUUCCAUCGCUGGGCAGCCUUCUUCAUGUAUAUCACUUCCCUCGUCCACACUUUCCCCUUCAUCGUCAAUAUGAUCAAAAUGGGCAUGAUGGAAGCCAUGUGGAAAGAGACUUCGUUAUACUGGACCGGCGUUGCUGCGCUCGUUCCGCAAACGUGGCUCAUUGCCAUGUCAUGGGGUCCUAUUCGCAGUCGCUACUACGAGUUCUUCAAGAAGAUGCAUUUUAUCGCUGCCGGAUUCUUCAUGGCAGCACUAUUUUGUCAUGUCGACUGGAUCUUCACAUCAUGGCAUUAUUUCUACGCGACCGCCGCUAUAUACACGCUCGCAUGGCUAAUCCGCGUCAUCCGCACCCUUUAUCGUACUGGUUUGGGAUUGCGGGCAACAAUUGAAGACGCCGGCCCUGAUCUGAUCCGUAUAAGCAUUACUGCUGGCAGAUUCAAAUGGUACCCUGGCCAGCACGUCUUCAUUCGCAUCCUGGGGCUCAAUGUCCAUACCUUCACAUCGCAUCCAUUCACAAUUGCCUCGGUUGCUGCUGCCGACAAAGCUGAUUCCAACGUCGAGUUGGUAUUGCGUUCGAGAGGAGGACUGACGCGGGCUCUCCAGCGACGCGUUGCUGGAAAGGCGGGCUGGUCUACUCGCGUUGUACUUGAUGGACCAUACGGUGGUCUGCACUCGCCGCGAACGUUGGAGAAAUACGAGCGGGUUGUGUUUCUUGGUGGCGGAACCGGGGCGACCUUUACUCUUCCGAUUUUUGCGGACUUGAUAGACAAGCUCAAGUCGGCUCCUGCAGUCAAACAAAUCGAUUUCGUGGUCGCCGUCCCUGAUGUUGACAACUUUGCGUGGAUGCAGUCCCAAGUUGCUUCCCUUGCCAACGGAGGGACUGCGGAGACGACUGUGAACGUCCGUGUGCAUUACACUCGAACUGAGUCGGACAAGGAUGUCAAGGACAGCGAAUCGGAGGUCGUAGAAGCUUCCGCGGGUCUUGUUUCCCUCUACGGACGGCCUAUUACUGGAGAAAUUGUUCGCGAGGCUCAUGCGAAUGCAAGUAGCGUGGCGGUUAUCGCCUGUGGCCCCGAUAGUUUCCUAUAUGACACCCGUAAUGCUGUUGCUGACUGCGAGCUCGACAUCGCCGAUGGGUUUGGCGUGUGUAAGGACUUGUUCCUGCAUACUGAAAACUACAGCUGGUGA